UGAUAGAUGUUUCCCCCUGAAACGAGAAUGAUGGUAAAUUCUACUUUAUCUUACUUCAUUUUUAACACUUAUUUAAAUGUGGGGACUUUAUCAUACUUGUUUUUCAUGUUCACUGCCAAGUUAUACAUUGUUAUAAUUAUUACCAACACAACUCUGGUUGUGGUUAUCUGUGUGAACAGGAGCUUACAUGAACCUAUGUACCUUUUUCUGGUCAGCCUGUUUGUAAAUGAACUGUAUGGUAGUACAGGGUUGUUUCCAUUCCUUCUGGUUCAGAUCCUCUCCGACAUUCACACUGUUUCUGCUCCCUUCUGCUUCCUGCAGAUCUUCUGUGUGUAUACUUAUGCAAAUAUAGAGUUUAGUAACUUAGCCGUCAUGUCUUAUGACAGAUAUCUUGCCAUCUGUUAUCCUCUGCAGUAUCACACACGGAUGACAUCUAACAAGGCGUUUAUCCUGAUUAUUGUGAUAUGGUUGUACUGUUGUGUGAGAGUCUUAAUUACUUUAUCCUUGAGCAUGCGUUUGACUCUCUGUGGAAACGUUAUAAACAGUGUGUAUUGUGAUAACUACCUUGUUGUUAAGUUGGCCUGUUCUGACACCACAGUGAAUAACAUUUAUGGUCUUUUUUCCAUUGCUUUCUCCAUUUUGAUCCCCUUGAUUUUAACCCUUUUCUCCUACAUGAGGAUCCUUAAAGUGUGUUUUUCUGGUUCCAAGCAGACGAGACAGAAAGCUGUCAGCACCUGCACCCCCCACCUCGCUUCCCUCAUCAACUUUUCCUUUGGCUGCUUCUUUGAAAUACUCCAGAGUAGAUUUGAUACGACCCGUGUACCCAGUGUGUUUCGCAUCAUAUUGUCGCUGUAUUUUCUCCUCAUUCAGCCUCUUCUGAACCCUCUCAUGUAUGGAUUGCAAAUGACAAAACUACGCAAUGCGUGUAAACAUGUCCUUCGUUUUAAGAUGUUUGCCUGUCGCAGAGAUACGAUGCAGAUGUAAUAAGAAGGUAUCAGUAACUUAUUAUUAACC